AUGUCAUCAUCACAAGAUUCAUCAAUUAGUGGUAAAUCAAAAUAUAAGUCAAUUGAUCCAAAUAAAUUUACAUCAGUAAUGUCAAGAAAUAAAAAAGGUAAAAUAAAUAUAAAUGGUAAAUUUAAUCCAAUUAAUAAUUUAACUCCAAAGAAAAUAGAAAUACCGAAAGAAGAUUACCCAAAUAAUUCGCCAAAUAAUUCAUCGCCCAUGACAGAACCAAAACCUAGAAAGACAUUAUUAUCUACUACAUUCUUUAAAGAUUCAGAUAAUGAUUCAAAUGAUUCAAAUGAUUCAAAGGAUUCAGAUAUUUCGAUAAAUCAUAAAUUAGAAAAAACAAAAUUGAAUAGAGAAAGAUUAGCCAAUUUGAAUGAUAACCAACAUACUGAUAAAAUUUUAGAUUGUUUUGGAAAUUUAAUUUCAAUUGAACAAAAUCAAUUAAGUGAUUAUCCAGUAGCAUUUAUUGAAAUUAAAUCAUUUACAAAAUCAAAAGAUAAAAAAAUUUAUCGUACAAAUCAAUUAAAUUCAUAUACUUUACAAAUUUCAAAAAAUGGAAAUUGGUUAAAUAUAAGUAAUAAAAAUAAACCGGUGGACAAUUUUGUGAUUAAUAUUGAAACACAGUUAAAGAAGUUGUUAUUUAGUGAGAAUUCAAUUAUUUUGGAAUUAUUAAAUGGUAAUUAUUUAAUGAUUAAUCAUUAUGGUAGAGAUGAAGAAAUUAGAGAUUAUUUUAAAAGUCAUCCAAAUGAAAAAGUUAUACAUGAUAAAACAUUAUCACAACCAGCAUUAAAAAAAAUAGAUAAUAGAAUAAUAACAACAGGAAUAUAUGAUGAAGAUACAAAAAAUGUAAGAUUUGAUUUUGAUUUUGAUAUUAAUACAAUGCCACUUAAACGAACAACAAGAUCAAGAAGAACACCCCAGAGAUACAUUAACUUGGAUACGAAUGUUGUUGAUUUAGAUGAUGAUGAUGAUGGUGAUGAUGAUGAUGAGAGCACAAAUUCUGGUUCUCUUUUUAAAGAUCAAGAUUUUGUCCCAUUUGAAACCCCAGCUAAUUUUUCACCACCAUUAGAAUAUACUUUUCCAGAUUCUAAAAAUUUUUCUAUUUCAUUUCAUGAUUUUCGUACAUUAUAUAAUAAUGAUUGGAUAAAUGAUAUGAUUAUGGAUUUUUGUAUAAAAUAUGAUAUUGAAAAAGCAAUAGAAGAAAAUAUAAUUAAACGAAAUGAAAUAUUUGCAUUUAAUUCAUUUUUUUACCCUAAAUUAAAAUCAAAUAAUUCAUAUUAUGAAAAUAUUAAAAGAUGGGUUUCAAAAAUUGAUUUAAUGAGUUUUUCAUAUAUUAUAAUUCCAAUAAUUGAAAAUUUACAUUGGUAUUGUUGUAUAAUUCGAAAUUUACCAAAUUUAUUAAAAUCAAUAAAAGAAGGAAAUGGGAAUGAAAAAAAAAUAUUUAGUGAAAUAUUUGUAUUUGAUUCACUUAGUGCUAAAAGAGAUAGUGUUAAAGAACCUUUAAAACGAUUUAUAAUUGAUUAUUGUAAAGAUAAGCAUAAUUUAAAUAUUGAAAAGGAUAGAAUUAGAGUUAUUCAUGCAAGAGUACCGCGACAAAAUAAUUUUAAUGAUUGUGGUAUUCAUGUUAUUUAUAAUGUUAGAAAAUGGUUAAAUAAUAUUAAUGAAUGUGAAUCAUUUUGGAAAAAACAUGGGGUAAAUAAUGUGCGAAGUGUAUUUAAAGCUGAAGAAAGAAAUAAAGAGAGGAAGUUGUGGAUUAAUAGAUUAUUAGAAUUACAUAAAAAACAAAAUCCAAUAAAUGAACAAGAAACAAGUAUUGAAAAAGAAGAAGAAAAAGAAGAAGAAAAAGAGAAACAAGAGAAGCAAGAUAAACAAGAGAAGCAAGAUAAACAAGAUAAACCGGAUGAAAAUAAUGAACAAGUUGAAAAAGAUGAAAUUGAAAAAGAAGAAACUAAAGAAGAAACUAAAAAAGAAACUAAAGAAGAAACUAAAAAAGAAGUUGAAUCAAGUGAAACUCUAGUCAAUGCAUUUCCAACUAUUCAAGAUGAUGAUGUGAUUGAAAUUCAUCAAGAAAGGAAUAUUAAUGAAUUAUCAGAUCCUGUAGAAUGUUAUGAGAAAAGAUUUUCAAAUAGUAGAUUAGAUGAUCAUUUUAAAUUUGAAAAAAUUGCAGAUCCAAUUAUAACAUAUUUGAAUGAAAUAUUUCCAAAAAAAUUAUUAUAUUUACCUAAGGGAUUAUUGAAUGAACUUUUAAAUGUAAUUAACACUAAUAAGGAUAAAUCAGAUAAUGAAUUAAUUGAAUCAAUUAAAUUUAAAUAUUUAGAAUGGUUAGAAUUAGAUGUUAGAAAAAAUUCAAGUAGUUGUUCAAAUGAUAUUAGACCUAAAUAUAGAGAAUUUAAUAUUUUAAAUGGUGUUAAUAAAAUGACAAUUGAUCCGAAAAAAUUUUAUCAAACUAAAAGUAAUAAUAAUGGAAAUAAUCAAAUUAAAAAUGAUAGAGAUUUCGAAUGUAGUAGUCGCAACAAAACAAAAGGUAGUCAAGAGAUUAUUGAAAUAGAAGAUGAUAAUAAUAAUAAUAAUAAUAAUAAUAAUAAUAAUAAUAAUAAUAAUAAUAAUAAAAAUAAAAUAGAUCAAGCAAAUGGUUCAAAAUCAACUACCCCGGAUUUUAUAGAUUUGAAAGAUUCACGAGGAACAAAUGAUGAGAAAAAAGUUCUAAAUAACGAUAUUAAAGAAAUUUACGCUAAUGACAAUAAUAAUGAUAAUGAUGAUUAUGAUUAUGAUGAUGAUGAUGAUGUAAUAAUGACAACGACUCCACCACCGCAUAAAUUAAAAAUUAACAAAUUUGAAUUAAAUAAUGAGAAAGAAGAAAAAGAAAAAGAAAAAGAAGAAGAAGUAAUUGACAUUAAAAAUAAAUUAUCAAAUGCUAGACAAAAAGCAAUUAUGAAUGAUUCAAAUUUGACUAAUGAUGAAAUUAAUGGAUAUAAUUCAAGUAAGAAGAGAAAAUUAAAUUAA